AUGCAGAGGAAGAAAUUCAUCAAAGGAAAGACAAAAUCCCGCAAAGGAAAGAAGAGCGGUAAAAGGGAGUCUAAAGAUUUAGACGUAGAAAAAGGUCAAACUAAUGAUGCCUUAAGGGAGAUGAAGCUCAAGUUAACUAAACAAAGUCUCACGGAGUAUCGCGAGACCUACUGCCAGCUGGCUCGUGCCAACGAUGAGUUGACCAAUCAGCUGUCACACGCUGAGCGGGAAAACCUGGAUGCUACCGCCCACUGGCAGAGGCUGGAAGCCGACAAAGAUGGGAAGAUUAAUGUGCUCCAGAGCGCACUCAAAACCCAAGAGGCUAUUGCUUGGGAGCAGCAAAACAAACUGAUUGACCAUUACACACUUGAAGUCAAUGAAAUGAAGGAACUAUUCAGGAAGAAAGCUAGUGAGUUUGAGAUGAUACAAAAUGGAAUGAAGAAAAUUGAAGAGUUCCAGAUGACAAAAGCACAAAUGGAACAGGAGCUCAGCAAUAUCCGUAAAAGUAUAAAACUCACUAAGAAGGAGUACGGGGAAAACCUCAACAAUAUGGAGUACAGAUUCUUCAAAGAAAAGGCUCGCCUGGAGAAUGAUGCUGAGCAAAUGAUAGCACAGGUGGAAGAGCAGGCCCACCAUGAAGCUGUUGUGCAGCUAGAUGACGCCUCACGCUGUGUGUUCAAGGAGAACGUUCGUCUCAAUGAAACACUGAAACACCACAUGAAAGAGGUUGAGAGCCUGCAGAAACUGGCAAACUCAUUGGCAAAGGAAAACUCAUCUCUGGCACUGGACAAGAAGACACUGGAGAUGAUGGCAAAGAAGAAUGCAUCCCAGAUGGUGGCCCAAAAAGAAGAGUUAAUUCAGUUGAAAGUAAAAGUAGCUUCUCUGGAGCAAAACACUGCUGAGCAAGGCCAUCCCAAGGAGAAGAUGCUGGUCAGCUCACAGACCAGCAAAUUAGAGUUGGAGAAGCUCAAGAGGGUGCUCUCCAUGCGGGAGAAAGAACUGAAGCACAUCAAGAGGUUAGCAAGCACCAUUGUGGCGCAGCGCACAGAGCUGGAGCAAUUUUUCCACGAGGCGCUCGCUCAGGUGAAGGAGGAGAUAGUUGCCAGCCGGCUGCAAUACAAGAAGGAGGCGCAGCAGGUUUAUCACUUCACACUCAAAAAGGCCGAUGCAGGAAAGCUCAAGUUCCCGCCAAUACGCACCUUCCAUAACACUCCUCCCAGCACCAAUUCCGUUUACUCAGACAUGGAGGCGGCUGCUAGGUGGACACAUGGGCUUGGGAGCCAAGUGGAAAUGUCAGACCUGACGUGGGAGGAGAAGGAGCAAGUGCUUCGACUUCUGUUUGCUAAAAUGAACAGACAAAAGACACGGAGAACCAACAAUCCAGUGGCAUCCCCGUCUGAGAAGACGUUCCACAGUGACAGUUCUGUUGCUGGAGAGAAGCUCUGCGCGCCGUCAACCUUCAUUACUCAAGCUCCUGACUCCCUCCUGCCCGCAAACUCCAACCAUGGGUAGACGCAGCACGUGACCUCUGGUCCACCAUUACACUUUGGAUUGUCUCUGUCGCAAGUAUCACACCUCAUUUUUACUUUUCCAACCAUGUUGGGUGCAGUGUUACUUUAAGUACUCAUGGUUGCUUGACAUAUUUGGAUUCACUUUGACUCUGUCUUGUUUAUCUAAACAUGUUAUUCUGGAUUCUAGCCUUCCAACUUCAGGUUUGUUUUGGCAAGGUCCAUGCAUGUCCAAACAACAUCCUUAUCUUGUAGAAAGUAUUCCCACAAGAGUAGAUGAUGCAAAGUGGAGA